UACAUACAUACAUACAUACAUAGGGCCCACAAUGUCCUGGAUUCUGGACAUGCUGGGGAUCAGGCAAUUGAAAAUAUGCUGAAAUUCAAAUGAGAGGCUGCAGGAGAGAGAUGACUGGAGUGUCAGCCUCAGCAUGUGGGUGGUGGUUGAAUCCUUGAGAAAAUGAAAUUUGUCAGGAACAAUGUGUAGUAGGGGUCGUGAUGGGAGGUGACAAAGGAUGAGGUGGGCUGGACAUGGACUUAGUGGACUGUCCAGGUGCACAUCCCGGUCCCACCCUCAUGGCUGUCUCAGACGAGGUAAAUGACCUCUUUGAAUUCCGGUGUCUCAGCUGUCAGUUGGAGACAAUGGAACCCUGUCUUUCUCAGGUUGUUGAAGACUUUGGCUGGGAUGGAUAUUGGCAUAAGUUGCUUUGCACUGUGCCUACACAGGGCAGGCUGUGAGGAUGCCGUGUGUGGUGAUGAGGGACAUGGGUUGCACGGGGUGGGAGAAACUGUCCACAUACCGUUUCCAUUUGAUGAAGCAGAGCUACAAGGAGCGUUUACCCGUGCCAGCAUGGGUGCUCACAAAGCACUGCAGACCUUGAGGGACAAAGUGGACUUGCAGCACUUCUGUGGCUAUGUCACCAUGUUGAAUGCUUCUAGCCAGCUUGCAAGUAGAAAGCUCAGUGACGCGUCUGAUGAGAGAGGUGAGUCACCAUUUGGGUUUUGUGGUUGGAAUGACCGGGUGUGAGUCUAGCACAGUCGUUUUGUGUGAACCACAGCAAACCUCAGUGGGACUGUUGAGCGACUUAAUAGUUAUCGUGAAGAGAUGAUAUGACCUUGGGUGGAAUCUGGAACUGUCGCUGGUUCAGCCAUUUACCAUUGCGUUUAUGUUCAUAGGCUUUGAAUGAAACUAGCUUUAAGGAGUGAUGAUUUUAAAACAUUUCCGAAAUAGACUUCCUGCUGAUUACAGAUACCAUGGAAUACAUUUUGGAAAUGACUCACAUUCAUUUCUUCCCCUCCUUUCUUUUUAAAAACAAGUUAUUUUUAUGUUAUGUGCACAUGUAUGUGUACACGAUAGCUGGGUUCCGGGGAAGCCAGAAGUGGGUGUUGGUCCCUGUGGAAUUGGAGUUAGAGGCAGUUGUGAGUCUAUGUGGUUGCUUAGACUCGAACCCAGGUCAGAUCCUAAUAGCUGGCAUUUUUCUUGUGAAUAUGUACCGGGUUUCUCACCUAUCUCUCCAGCCCUUCUUUCUUAGUUCUCUCUGUAUUGGAUCUCGAUACCUUAAAGCACACAGUACAACUGUUUCCCGUGUAGCCUCCCUUCCUCUGUCUCUAGAUUGUCUGUAGCAGACCAGCUCUUGCUUAGCAGUUGCUUCUGUCUGACAUGGUGGGGUGUGUAUAGCUUUGCUUGCCCUGGUGCUAGCUCUGAUCCACCAAGGCUGAGUGUCAAGUGACUGUCACUGGUUGACUGUAGUUCAUGAUCCUUUCAGUUUGAAAUCCUAAGAAUCCCUGGUCCAUAGUCAGCCAGUGGAUUGGGUUUGGCUCCCUCUGAGUUUCAGGAGUACUAUAGUUUAGUUCUCUAUGUCAUUUAUUCCACAAAAUAAAUGAAACAGCAACUAACUGUUUCAAGUCCUGGAAGCAUUUAAUUUUUUAAGUCCAAUUUUAGUCCAAAGAGUAAACCCUCGGUCGGGAAGAUAAAGGAGUCUUCCUGGACUGUGGAGUUGAAGGCUGAGAGGGGCGGGACUGCUUGAAUGGGAGACAGAGAAGGCUGAAGGCUGUCUUAACCUGAGAGCCAUGGGGAUUGCAUCCUAAAGAAGGCAGAGUUUGAACUGGACUUUGAGAGUGAGAAGUGAGUCAAAAGGUGAUGGCUGAAUUUUUUUUUUUU